AUGAUGAAUGCCUCAGUAAGUUAUGAUUUGGAAGAAUUUUUGUCCUUUCCAUCUGAACGUGCUUCAGCCACGGUUCCGUCUGUUGUCGAGUCGGAACAAAUUAUGUUUAAUUCAAACAUAGAUUCAGAAAAUCAAUAUAUGCAUUGGACAGAUACAACCACUAAUGCACUGAUCCAUGUAUAUAAAGAACACUAUAAAAAAGUAGGGAAGUCAAUCAAAAGCCAGAAGAAACUGUUUGAAAUUAUUGCAGACAUUUUAAAUAAAAGGUACAAGUUAACGUUGACAGGAGAAAGAGUCAGUAAUAAAUGGAAGACGUUAGAGAAAAGUUUUAAAAAUGUUGUAGAUAACAAUAAUAAAACAGGUAGAGGAAGAAAAUUUUUUAAAUUUGAAAAAGAAAUGGAAGAAAUAUUUAUAAAACAAAAGAAAAUUAAUCCGGAUAUUCUGUUGUCUGAAGACACGGUUGUUGAUAAUUCAACUGUUCGACAGGAAUCUGAAAAGGAAAAUGCUGUACCCAAAAAUGAACAAGAAAAAAAAGACAAACCUACAAGGCUUGGUACCCAAAAAAGAAGUCGAACUGAUGUAUUAGACAUUAUUAGGCAAGAUAGACUAAAAUAUAAUAAAGAACAACUUUCAAUUAAAAAGGAGAGACUUGCUAUUGAAAAAGAGAAAAUUGAAGAACAAAAAAGAAGGAAUAAUUUGCUAGAAGAAAGAAAUCGAUUAAUAAAGGAAUACUUAAAAAUACCUAAUGAAAGUCAUUAA